CAUCGCCAACAGCAAAUUAAUCCAUACGUGCUGCUACUCCACCUCUUCUCUCCUCCGCCCUCUAGUCGUGAAUUAAUCCCCACGGGGAAGGACCACUGAUUUUUAACUCAGGUCUAGCUCCCUGGACCAACUUGGGGCUGGCUCCAGUUUUCCGGCCUUGACCUUCUCCACAUCUCGCAUUUCAAAUUCCGACCGCUCAGCUUCGGUUACCCGCCGACUUUUCGGAGACACAAGCGUCCUGAACGUUCUCUCUUCCACCAAACCCAGACGGCGCCUUGAUUCAGCGCGUCCGACUUGGAAACUGGUUUGUGAAACCCCGUGCAGCUUGGCAGAUGGCAUCCCGACCGAACCGCGUUUUGCGUUUGCAUCACUAACAGUCGUGCAGUAGCGCAGGCGAAACACCCCCGCGGAUUCCAUUUUCCGACUCAACGUCAUUCCACAGUGCAGACCCCUGUCUCAGACACGGAAUCCGUCUCCCUUUCCUUUCCCCCGCAAGUAACCCGGCCCCGAGGCAUCAUCAGAAAUUAUGGUAUCGUUUGUGGAGGAUCUUUGGGCGAGCAUCUUUACCCCGGGUCCCACUCCCACCCUGCUCGUCGCAGCCAACGCCACUUUCGCCGCGCUCCAGCUGGUCCUCUUCCUGCUCCUCCUCGCGACCUACAGCAUCCACUUCGUCGUCCUCUCCGUCCUCUCCGCGUCGCUAUGGUGGUCGAUCAACUGGUUUGCUCAGGAAUUGAUCGCGGUGCAGGCACAAGAGGCUGAAAAGACACAGUCAAAGGAACUGGUCACCGACGAAGACGACGAUGACAAGAGGAGAUCGGAAGCUAGUCGGAAAACACCGGGAGCGCUGGAUAGCACGGAAAGUGACACUGAAACCGAGAGCCUGAUGGAACGUAAAAUCUCUGCGGUGUCCGCUGCCGCCCCGCCGUCCACCACGACGGCGGCUGCUACUCCUCAACCGCCGGAGCAGCAGGGAGGGAUCCGGAAACGGCCCAGCAUGAGCGGAGAGAGCUCCGGCUAUGUGAGUACAGAUAGCGAAUGGGAAAAGGUGGAUGACAAAGCCACUGCUUAGGCAUAAGUUCUGUUUGGAUAAGAAAUUUGGGAGGGCCUGUCUUGCAGUUGCUCGAGUGCUGCUCACAGGCAGUGCCUCCUUAAAGAUACUUCCGUAUCAGUUGAUAUAACUAUUUGUUCGACGUGCAUUUUGGUUUGCGUGUACCGACAGAUACCCCAUAGAUGACGACUCUGCUUAUACACCUUUGGUAAAAUGGAUUUGGCCAUGAUAGCUCGCUCCGAGACUUACUUACGUUCGUCAUGCCUGUCUGAAGAGAAUAUCAAUGACAGACCAUCAAUUUUUGCGUCCAUCGCUUGUAAACAUGAACACCACUCAUAGCAGACUCAUAGCAGCCGUACGAAGCGCACAUAACAAGUACAGCAAAAACAAACCAUAUUUUAUAAAUGAAGGUCAACCUACAUACAAAAAAAAAAAAAAAAAAAAAAAAAAAAAAAAAAA